AUCCUGACUGGAAGAUAAGUACAACACCAGUGUGUUUGUACAUUAACAGUGAAGACUGGGACCAGUGUUGUAUGAAGAAUCUGCAUUAUUUGGGUCGAUUUUUUUUUAAAUCUCUGGACAAAACAUUUGUUAGCUCAAUGGGGACGGUUAUAAACUUUCUCCUCUGCAGCUUCGUUGUGGUUAUAGCUCAGGAUGAGGUGCUGUUAGAACCAGAAAGACCUUUUUUGAGUGUACUGGUCAGUGGCAGAGCUGACCUGGAGUGCUGCUACAGCUACAGCAAAGAGAAACUGAAAAUGAGCUGGGUCAGGUGGAUUCAAGGUAAAGGUAUAACCCAGGAGCCAUUUGGUAUGACAUCCUCAGAGGGCGUGGAUAUAAAAACUAAACAUGAAAUGGGCAAAAGACACUGUAGCACCCUUACCUUCAAGGCAGCCAAGCUGAAUGAAAGUGGGCUGUACCAGUGUUUCCUGAACGGCAGCAAAAUCAGCCUCUUCACACAUGGCACCUACCUACAUGUCUACAAUUCAAUCAAGACAAUAAACCUCCUCGAAAGCACCAAAAACAAGAUCCUGACCGCUGAGGGAAUCUUACUGUUUCUGUGUGUGCUUCUGCCUUCUGUCAGCCUUCUCUGCCAGUCAAAGAGACUAAAUGAACUGGAGAAGAAGAAAAUGAGGAGAGAAGAGGAAAACAUAUAUCAGGGGCUAAAUCUGGACGAUUGUUGCGCCACAUAUGAUCAGAUCGAACGCUCCCAGGGACACGACCCCUAUCAGGACGUGUGCAAUUUUAUGGAGGAAGAGGAGGAGAUCCAGCUGGAGAAACCCUGAAGGAAAAGGGGGGAAGGAAGAAAGGGAGAGUGUUUUUUUUAGUAGCUCAAGUGUGUGUUAUCUGAAUAUCAAGUUCAUUCUCAAAGGCAAACGAUUUGGAUUUAGCUUUUGACGACAUAUUGUUUAUUCAGCUUCUUUAAUUUGAGAGUGAACAUUAUAUAUUUAGCUUGAAAACAGGACUGUAGCCAAGGAUUUAGAUUCAAGAAGCUCCUCCACUUCAGAUAAGAACAGACCUUUUUUUAUGUUUCAUACAUUAAGCUGUAAAUUGUAUUUGUGUUAUAACUCUGAACUUAAUUUUUUUCUGGCAUAAAAACGCAGCUCCUGAGUGGACCUAGUUUCUUUGUUAUCAGC